AUGUCAAAGUUUUUCAAAGGUGCAGUGUCAAGUUCGGACUCAUCAGGUUCCGAGAGUAGCGAUGAGGAACCGUAUGUGCCGAUUAAAAGACCGCAAGCCGCAUUCGCAUAUCCAUCUGAUAGUGAUGAUGAAGGGCAGAAACGCGUUGUCAAGGCACAGAAAGAUCGAAAAUUUGAAGAACUGAAAGAUCUGAUCAAACAAGCGAAAAAUUCAAGGAAUAUCAAGGAUAUGUCGAAGCUUUUGUCAACGUUCGAAGAGCUGUGUAAAGUAUUUGAGAAAACAAAAGCUGUGUUAACACGACAAAAUAUGUCAACACCUCGUUUUUAUGUGCGGAUUUUGGUUGAGCUAGAAGAUUUUGUAAACGAACAGUGGGAUGAUAAAGAAGCACGGAAAACUAUGUCGAAAGCGAAUUCGAAGGGUCUCACUGCACUGCGUCAGAAAAUUCGCAAAUAUAAUAAAGAUAUGGAAGUGGAAGUCAAUGCUUACAGAGCAGAACCAGAUCCAGAGGAACCCGAAAAUGAAGAAGAGAUGGAGAAAGGUAAACCUCACAGUGAUCUCAGAGAUUCAGAUGAGUGGAGUUCUGACUCAAAUGCUUCUUCGGACAGUGAUUCCGAUCUUGAUCUUGAAGGAAAACAAAUGGAGGAUUUGCGUAAAUUCUUCUUGAAAAAGGAAUUCAAAGAAGGUGGUGAGGCUGAAGGUAAAGAAAAACGUCAGGCGGAAAGAGCACAAAAACAAAAAGAACAAAAGGAACGUGAAGCGAAAGAAAAAACUGAAGAAAAUGAAAAUGAUGAUACGUGGGUUGCUGUACCAACAAAAGAAGAGAAAAUGCGUCAACUUUUCGAUCCCAAAACUGAAAUUAACCAUGAAGUUGUUGUCAAUAAAUUGCAAGAAGUCAUCGCUGCUCGAGGACGCAAAUCGACCAAUCCUAAACAUUACGUACGCAGUUUACAGGAAUUAUUCAGAAUUGCUGAUGAGCAUAAACUCGGUGCUGGUGUUUUGGUGAAGAUUUUGUUUUCAAUCAUCUCUGCCCUUUUUGAACUAAAUGCACGAAUCAGUGACUGUAUGAAUUAUUCUUCAUGGUGCAAAACAUUGGGAGCUACCAACAGUUUGAUAGAUAUGUUAAACGAGUAUCCUGAUGUUGUAUUGUCAAUUGGUAUCAAUGAAGAUGAUGAAAAUAUACAGGAUGCAACCAAACCAUAUACUGUGCAUGGUUCUGUCUUAAUGAGUGUGCAUCGUUUGGAUACAGAAUUAACUAAGAUACUGCAAAAUGCGGAUUGUCACAGCACUGAUUAUAUUGAAAAGCUAAAAGGUGAAAAGGAUUUAUGCGCCCUUAUUGAUAAGUUAAUGGACUAUGUUAAUGCCCGAUUGAAUAAAGAUGUAUUUCUAGAGGAGGAAGUUUGUAAAUUGUAUAUGCUCCGCAUUGAACAUCUCUACUACAAGUACGAAGUAGAAGAUUCGGUGGAACGUAGACAGGAGUCAUCAUUAGCUGUAAUGGAGCGGCUUUGUAAAGAGGUAUAUGCGCGUGAUGAUACGAAGCGUCUACGGCAACGUGCAAUGCUUUGUCAAAUUUAUCAUUUGGCAUUGCAUGACAAAUGGCACCAAGCACGAGAUUUGAUGCUCAUGUCACAUUUGCAAGCUAUCGUUGAUCAUUCAGAUGUUAGCACUCAGAUUCUCUAUAAUCGAACAAUAUGCCAACUUGGUUUGUGUGCUUUCCGACAUAGUUUUAUCAAAGAAGCUCAUCAAGGUCUCUCCGAAAUACAAAAUACACAACGAGCGAAAGAAUUGCUGGCACAGGGAAUUGCUAUGAGACAACAAGAAAGAACGGCUGAACAGGAGAAGCUGGAGCGUGCACGCCAAAUUCCUUAUCAUAUGCACAUUAACGUUGAACUCAUGGAAUGUGUCUAUUUAAUAUGCUCAAUGUUGUUGGAGAUACCGCACAUGGCUUCGCAGGAAUAUGAGCUAAGGCGACGUCUCUUAUCGCGGUCGUUUCACUAUCAGUUGAAACAAUCAGAGAAAAGCUCUCUCAUUGGUCCACCUGAGAAUACGCGUGAGCAUGUGGUAGCAGCGUCGAGAGCUAUGUUAAAUGGUGAUUGGAAAAAAUGUCGCGAUUUCAUCGUAAACGACAAAAUGGAUGCCAAGGUGUGGAAUCUCUUCCGUAAUUCGGAAAAAGUAAAGGAAAUGGUAAUUCGUCGUAUUCAGGAAGAAUCCUUACGUACUUAUUUAUUGAUGUACUCAACAGUUUAUACCACUGUCUCGUUGGAAACGCUUUCUCAACUGUUUGAACUUGAUAAAAGUACUGUACACUCGGUGAUUAGCAAAAUGAUCAUUUCGGAAGAAUUGAGUGCAAGUUUGGACGAGCCUACUGACUGUCUUAUCAUGCAUCGUGUAGAACCAAGUCGACUGCAGCUUUUGGCUUUGCAUCUGACGGAUAAGCUUACUCAGCUUGCUGAUAGUAAUGAACAGAUCCUUGAACCUCGAGCUGGCCGUAGCUAUACAGGGCCAGGCGCAUGGUAUGGCCUGCGCCAAGAACGAACUACUACGGAACAACAGCAGCGCCCCAACCGCAUGACUUAUCAGGACUCGUCAAAUAAAAACCGCUGGAGCGCAAAUCUUCAAAAUCGACGUCGGAUGGAGCAACGUGUACGUUAUUAG